GGAGCCUUCUCCGCCACGCUCCCUCCCGGGGCCAUUGACGUGAGCGACCUCCGACCGGUCCCGGACAACCAGGAAGUUUUUUGCCACCGCGUGACGGACCAGAGCCUGAUCGUGGAGCUUCUGGAGCUGCAGGCCCACGUGCCCCUUCCUGACCCUGCCCCUCCCCGCUCCAGGUACCACUUUGAGGACGUUGGUGGGGUGCAGGGCGCUAGGACUGUUCAGGUGGAGGCUGUGCAGCCCCUCCUCUUGGAGAGCCUGGCCCUGAGGGGCUGCUGUGAAGAAGCCUGGGUCCUCUCGGGCAAGCAGCAGGUGGCUAAAGAGAACCAGCAGGUAGCGAAGGACGUGACCCUGCACCAGGCCUUGCUGAGGCUGACUCCGUACCAGACCGAUCUCCUGCUCACCUUCAAUCAGCCCCCCCCUGACAACAGGUUAUCUCUUGACCCUGAAAAUCUGUCAUUUCCACCCUGGAGCCUGGGUGACUUCGAACAGCUGGUGACCAGUCUGACUCUUCAUGAUCCCAACAUCUUUGGUCCCCAGUAAAGAUGCUGAAAUGCUACAUGACACUGCUGAAGACUUGGGGACCCCAUUCUGCAAGGGGAACAAAGGGUGGGAUAUAUUCCCCAAAUUCCUUCCCUGUGGAUAAACAUAAGACACCUCUCUGCAGAAAUAAACUUCCUUUAUAACCAA